UGGUCUUUGUUUGGCAGAGCUUAGGUUGGGGGUGCGCCUGUGCCUGGGAGAUGCCUCCGUGGGGCGCCGACCUCAGAGCUUUUGUUUUGGUAACACUCUGAGGCGUGGUGGCAGCUGACUGAAUUGGGGCAGACCAGGGAUCAGUGGUAAACUGGUCAGGGCAGGGACUGCAGAAAUUAGGGGCCAACUUGCCCUGUGAUGCUGAUGUUCACACAUUGAUUCUGGAUAAAAAUCAGAUUAUAAAACUGGAAAAUCUGGAGAAAUGCAAACAGUUAAUACAGUUGUCAGUGGCUAAUAAUCGCUUGGUUCGGAUGAUGGGUGUGGCCAAGCUGACUCAACUCCGAGUGUUAAAUUUACCUCAUAAUAGUAUUGGCUGCAUGGAAGGGCUGAAGGACCUCGUCCAUUUGGAGUGGCUGAAUUUAGCGGGCAAUAAUCUGAAGACCAUGGAGCAAAUCAAUAGCUGUUCAGCUCUGCAGCACCUUGAUUUAUCAGACAACAACAUACCCCAGAUAGGUGAUGUAUCGAAACUGACAGCUCUGAAGACCUUGCUUUUACAUGGAAAUAUCAUCACUUCUCUCAGAAUGGCACCUGCUUAUCUACCCAGGAAUCUUUCGAUACUGUCUUUGGCAGAAAAUGAAAUCCGAGACUUAAAUGAGAUCUCAUUUUUGGCCUCUUUAAGUGAACUGGAACAGUUAUCAAUCAUGAACAACCCUUGUGUGAUGGCUACCCCGUCCAUUCCAGGGUUUGACUAUCGACCGUACAUUGUCAGCUGGUGUCUGAAUCUCAGAGUGCUGGACGGAUAUGUGAUUUCUCAGAAGGAGAGUCUGAAGGCUGAAUGGCUCUAUAGUCAAGGCAAGGGGAGAUCGUAUCGACCUGGCCAGCAUGUCCAGCUUGUCCAGUACCUGGCUACAGUUUGUCCUCUUAUUUCUGCCCUGGGUCUUCAGACUGCAGAGGAUGCCAAACUGGAGAAGAUUCUGAGCAAACAGAGGUUUCACCAGAGGCAGCUGAUGAACCAGAGCCAGAAUGAAGAGUUGUCUCCUAUUGCUGCUGUUGAAACAAGGGUGCCCCGUACACCUGAGUGUUCAAGCCCUGUGCAAGAUUUCCAGGAAAGCGAACCUGUUCUCCAAAUCAAUUCUUGGGUUGGGAGCAGCAGUAAUGAUGAUCAGUUAUAUGCUGUUAAGAAUAACUUCCUAGCCACUACACAUGCUACAAGAUACUCUCGGAAUGACCUUCACCUUGAAGACAUACAGACAGACGAGGACAAGCUAAACUGUAGUCUGCUCUCUUCAGAGUCCACUUUUAUGCCAGUUGCAUCGGGGCUUUCUCCAGUGUCUCCCACUGUGGAGCUGAGGCUACAGGGCAUUAACUUGGGCCUUGAGGAUGAUGAUGGUACAGAUGAAUUCACGAAAGGACUGGAACACCAGGACUUGGAUAAGGACAGGGAGAAGUCUUUAUGGGAUUCAGAUGUUCAAAUGCUGAAACGUAAGAUCAGCACAGAAGGAAAUGAGGAAGCUGGGCUGCUACCUUGUCCCAAGUCAUCGAUCAUCACUGCUCUCUUGAAGGAGGAUAACCACAGUCUUACAUCAGGUGGACACAGUGUGUCCCACACAGAACCAAACAGAGAAGAAGUCAUGUCUCCCACCACUUCAGAGAAAUUUCCCUGCAGGAUUUUUACCCAGAGACCUGUUGCUUUGGGACAAGAUAAAGUCACCCUUCAGAAACUGAAUGCAGCUGCCACUAAGCUUCAGGCCUGUUGGCGAGGCUUUUAUACCAGGAACUACAACCCACAAGCCAAAGGGGUACGCUAUGAAAUCCGGCUACGCAGAAUGCAGGAGCACAUUGUCUGCCUGACAGAUGAAGUGCGGAGGUUAAGAAAAGAAAGAGAUGAAGAACGUGUGAAGAAUUUUGUGCAAGAGGAGGCUGUCAGGGUCCUUUGGAACGAGGUAAGGGCUCUACAGGCUUGGCAGCAGACAGUGGAACAGCGUCUAGUUUCCUGGCAUUCUGAUGUGCCUCCUAUAUCAAGUACUCUGGUGUCACCCAAGCCUCCGUUACUUCCACAACAUCAGGACCCCUCUUCCGAUCAGAAUUCGGAUUGGCUCAUUAUUGAGGAUGACGCUCCUCAAGAGAAAUCAGUGCCGGACUUUCCCGACUCUGGUUUUCACUCCUCCCUGACAGAACAAGUUCACUGUUUGCAGGAUUCUUUGGAUUUUGAAAAAAGUUCGGUAGAAAGCAGCGAAAACUCCGCGUUGGGGAAUUCCGCUGACACAGUGAAAUACGUCAAAGACCCAGACUCAGAGGCCACAGCUGAGGAGCACAGUGACUGCAGUAAGGAAAGCUCCACCAGUGAGCAGGAUAACACCCUGCUGCAGCAGUAUUUAGCUUCAGUCCAGCAGCUGGAUGACGCGGAUGACAGGGCAGGUCCCGACGAUAUGGCGGGAGACAAUAAGCGUCUCCUAGCUUGUUCUCCGGAAAGGUUGGGUGCCUCUGACAGUGAGGCUCAUAGAGCAUCUCCUACUUUACAGGAGGAAAUUAGCCAGACACCAGAGAAUUGUAAGUUAAACGAGGAAGUCCAAGGGCAGCCUCCAGAAUGUGACACUGCAUUUCAGGUGCUGCAAGUGGGUGUCACUGUGUAGCCUGUCUGAUUAACUGGGAAGCAGAAAUUCCCUUUGAUUUUCUGUUUUCACUUUCUUUUUGCAGGGGAGCAACCCUGUACCCCAUUUUGUUAUUCUUUAGCUACAACUUGUAUUCUUGUCCCACAGUUUUUAGAUAUUAGCUGUUGAACUACGUAUUCAUUUUUGUUGUACUACUGUACUAAACAAAAUAUUAAAAGGAAUAUGCACUUUAUCUCUCAAUAGUUACACUAAUAAUGUUUCCUUUACAUCUGUACUGCCUUUCAGAAGCCGUUUCUUGAAGUAGCUUGGUUAUUUGAAUAGGAGAACUUAGUUCUUCCUAACUACAUAGUAAGGGAUAUAAUACGUAAGACAUGACUAGGAUGAGGGCUAUGGACAACUGGGCAGUCUCCUUGGACUAAAACCAUGGUUUUUUCACCCUCUGAGUUAAGGAAAGCCUCUGUGUGUGUGUGUGUGUGUGUGUGUGUGUGUGUGUGUGUGUGUGUGUCUUGUGUGUAUGUGUAUGUGUGUGUGUGUUGUGUGUGUGUCUUGUGUGUAUGUGUGUUGUGUGUGUAUGUUGUGUGUGUGUCUUGUGUGUGUGUGUUUGUGUGUGUGUGUUUGUGUGUGUGUCUCUGUGUGUGUGUUGUGUUGUAUGUUGUGUGUGUCUGUGUGUUGUGUGUGUGUCUUGUGUGUAUGUAUGUGUGUGUCUGUGUGUGUGUCUGUGUGUUGUGUGUGUGUCUGUGUGUUGUGUGUGUUGUGUGUGUGUGUUGUGUGUGUGUGUGUUGUGUGUAUGUGUGUGUGUGUCUUGUGUGUGUGUGUUGUGUGUGUGUGUUGUGUGUGUUGUGUGUGUGUGUAUGUGUGUGUAUGUGUUGUGUUGUAUGUUGUGUGUGUCUGUGUGUUGUGUGUGUGUCUUGUGUGUAUGUAUGUGUGUGUCUGUGUGUUGUGUGUGUGUCUUGUGUAUGUGUGUAUGUGUGUGUGGUGUGUGUGUGUGUGUGUGUGUGUGUGUGUGUGUGUGUGUGUAUGUGCUGGCAGUUAAACCCUGAGCCUCUGAGGAUGCACGUGCUCUGCCACUGGACAACUCACCUAACUCCUGGAUUAUAAAACUUUGAAGCGAGGUGAUUAAAUUGCCUCAUGACAAGCUUUAGCUAAUUUGUGGGUCAGUUUUGAAGUAAAGUAUUCCAUGUAGGAUUAAAAUUAGGCUUACUUGGGCAAGGUUAUUUCUCCUUGAUAUGGAGAAAGGAGACAUGAGACUUAUUCACUUGCAAUAAUGCUGCUCAAAUGUCUCUUUUUCUUUAUUUUUUUUCAAAUGUCUCUUUUUAUUGUGUAUGUUUUUAGGCUAUUGACAUUUAUGUGCCAAUAUUUGGGGAACACAUAGAUUGUAAGAAAUCAGUGUGUACCCAUCAUUAUGUUCUUGCUUUUAUUUCUAUAUAUACUUCAUCUGAAUAGCCAAAGCUACAUUUCACUGCGUGUGUGUGGUGUGUGUGUGUGUGUGUGUGUGUGUGUGUGUGUGUGUGUGUGUGUGUGUGCCGGAUCUACAGCCCUGCACAUGCUAGGUAAAUUCUGCACCAUGUAGCUGUGUCUCAGUCCUUAGUUCACUCACUGAUCUUUGUCCCAUAGUGCAGAACAUUUAAAAUCCUGAUAGACUAAUCUAAUCUAAUCUAAUCUCUGAAAAGUGCCACAUUUGAAGGACAAUUUAAUGGUGACUAAGAAGAAAUAAACCAGGGCCUGGUGGCGUAUACCUGUCAUCCAGGUACUGGGGAAGCAGAGGCAGGUGACUCCCUGUGAGUCCAAGCUUAACCUGGUUUAUUAGUGAGUUCUAGGUCAGCCAGGCUAUAUGUGAAACCCUGCCUCACAACAACAAAAACCCAACCAAACAGUAAAAGCAGCAGCAGCAGCAGCGAUAGAAAAGAAUAAAAAGUAUUUUCAGGAAUAGUAAUACUGUGUUUGAGUGUGAAGGUCUAUCUGUCAAUCAAAGGUGACAUUUAUGGGUUUGGCAUUUUAUCUUUUAGAAUGUUCUGCUAACAUUAAAUAGCACAGCACAGAUCUGACUGUUCCAACUGUGGUCAAGCAACUGUUUAAAAUUCUGACAGUACUUCUGUUCUCUAAAUGUAGGUGCUAACAUCAUCCAUUAUUCUGUUAAAGCCAUUAGAGCCCUUUAAUUGAAAGUAUAUAAAACAAAAGUUCUGGUCCUUCCAAAAUAAAUUUGAGGACCACGUGGUACUUGCUGAGAGGAUCAUUUCUACGUUAUGGUGAGCUGUACUUGCUUAGUUCAUAAAUAAGUAGCACUCAGGUUGUGAAGGCUUGAAUUUCAUUCUCAGAAAUCCAAAAUCCUUUGAAAAGGAUAAGUUUUCUGUGUUUUAUAAACAGAACAACAGUCUUGACUUUAAACUAUUUUCUCUAGUAUAGAUGUGUAAUAUUAAAUGCUUGAUGGAUAAAAACUGAUAAUUUAACUCUGAAUAAUAAUUAUCUUUUAUAAUUUUGCAUUUCUUUUAAAAUAUUUAAUUUGUAUGUGUGUUUGUGUGUAUGUGAGAAUAUGUGUGUGUGUGAGACAGAGUGUGUAAGUGUGGGAGAGUAUGUGUAUGUAUGUGUGAGAGUUUGUGUGUAUGUGUGAGAGUAAAUAUGUGUAAGAGAAUGUGUGUCUAUGUGUAAGAGCUUGCAUGUGUAUGUGCGGAAGCUUGUGUGUGUGAGAGAGCUUGUGUUUGUGUGUGUAUGUUUAUAUGUAAGAGAGUAUGUGUUUGUAUGUGUGAGAAUUUGCAUGUACAUGUGCAAGGGAGAAUAUGUAUGUGUGUGUGGAGGAAGUCUGCUGGAGAAAGUCAGAAAUGGAUGUCAGGUCCCUUAAACCUGGAAUUACAGGUGUUUGUGAGCCGUCCUUCAACCCUAUCUUUCAUUCCUUUUUCAGUAUGAGAUAAGGACAUUUCUUAUUUUUCUGUUUUGACAGUUGAGUAUCUCAUUUACUGCCCACAGUUGAAGAAAAGCAUCUCACUGUGGUAACACCAGAGCUGUUUCAUGGCACAUUAACUUUAGAAAAGUGGCCGCAACGCCACGGUUGAGCUUCCCCGGUCUGGUUCUGGUAGCUGCUGCUUCUCUUUCCUCCCCCCCCCCCUCUCUUUCUUAAGAACUGACGGUUUUAUUUUCACAUUUCACAAUAUAAGUGAAAACCGUACUUUUUUGUAUCACUUCUCCCUCCAGAAGCAUUCUCUCUGUUGGGAAGGGAAGUUCCUUGUCAUGCAUCUAGUAAACACUCAGGCUCAGCACCAAGGUCUCCUGGUGAAACAAGAAAUACAAAAUGAUAAGGAGCGCUUCUGCUCUUAUCUGUCUGGCGGGGUCAUGCCAGGCUGUGUGGGCACCAUCAUAGGGCGGGCGGGAGGUCUCAUCAUUGGAGGCCCAGGCAUCAUGGGCAGGUGGCCUCCCAUGGGUGACCUCAUCCCAGGAGCUGGUCCCACAGGCAUCAUCCCAGGAGGAGGAGGAAGAAGAAGAGGAAGAGGAGGAGGAGGAGGAGGAAGGGGAAGAGGAAGAAGAGGAGGAGGAAGAGGAGGAGAAGGGCCCAUCUUUGGCAUCAUGGGAGGGUCUCCCAUGUGGGGUGCAGGCAUCAUGCCAGGCUGAGGAGGAUCCAGGAGACUUGGGGGAGGUGGGAUCAUGGCACCUGCAGGCAGAGGAGCAGAGAAUAGAGCUGGAGGGAUCUUUCCUUGUUGAAAGGCAGUCAUUUUGCCAUCCAGGUUUUGGACCUGCUCUUCCAUCCAUUUCUUCUUUUUUUUUUUUUAAAUGAUUUAUUUAUUUUAUGUAUGUCAGAUCCCAUUUCAGAUGGUUGUGAGCCACCAUGUGGUUGCUGGGAUUUGAACUCAGGACCUCUGGAAGAGCAGUCAGUGCUCUUAACCGCUGAGCCAUGUCUCCAGCCCCCCCCCCCAUCCAUUUCUGAUAAUAGUCUUUCCAUUCUCCUUGUGUUUCCGACCACUGCAGUGUGUCUUCCUCACAGACAGAGAAUCUUGGGUAAGAUAUGUAUCACAGUAGUCCCCAUAAGACUUAGGCAUGUUGGCUACCCUCUUCUUCCGUAAUGGGAGACACAGCCAUUUCAUCUGAUAGGCAUUGUCAGCAGAAUUUAUUGUUCUUUUGUCUGUUUUUCUAGUCUGAAAAUGGCAUUCAACAUUUUUGUGAAAAACUUGGCAGGAUAUGAUAAUUACCUCUCUUAUUUUUGCUAGGUUUUAGAAGUAUGGGAAUGUGAAGUGGCCUGCUUUGAGCUGCAGAGAACUUGAAUGUAGGUGAAAAUGCAAUAUGUCAGAAUGUAGGAAAACUAAGGCAGAGACUUAAUGUACUUUUAUUGGUUUAUAUAAUUUAAAGGUAACAUAUAACUAAGGAAUAGUAAUUUACGUGACUCUGGAUUAUUUAUUAGUCUGGGCAGUUAAACUUUGAACUUGGCUUUUUUUGGUAGGAGAGACUUUGUUCUCUUUUGACUCAAAUAAAUUCUUUUAUUAUGGAAUAUUUGAAUUACUGCAGAAGCAUAAACUCAUACCAUAUAGACAGGCAGUGGUGGCACACAGCUUUAAUAUCAGUGUGUGGAACAAGGGAAAACAGGUUUUAAGAGAGGUCCUUUAGUGGCAAGAGUUGGGCAAACAGCUAAAUCUUUCAGAAACUUGAAUGAACUCCAAAAAAGUAGGGCUGUGAAGUCCAUAAUGAACUUCUUCCAGGACCUCUUGAAUGAGACUCACAGAGGCAGCGAUCGAUGCAAAAGCAAGAGGAAUUUAAUCAUUCCAACAUAUUGGGGUCAUCCCACUUUAAGGGGCGAUGACCCUGAGCAGACUCUAAUGGGGAGUUAUAUACCUUGCAAACAGUUGGGGCAGAAUUCAUACAAUAGUAACCAGGCAGGGUACUAUUGAUGGGGUGAAGCGACCUUCAAACUGACUCGUGGUCAGUGGACUGCUCUGGACUUUCCAAGGGGGGAUGGUUGGGAGUUAAGAGGGGGGUCAGUUUGGAAUCACAGGUGACUUUGACAGUUUGGCUUGCAGUUGCUCCAGGAACUAAACUAGCCCUGCCCUCCCUGUAAGGGAGGGGUCUCUGUGCUUGGAGGUCUGUGGUGGGAUUUCCCACUGGCCUCAGAUUGACCCCACCUCUGGCUCUUUCAGGACUUUCUUAGAAUUGUUUGUAUAGAGCAAUAAUAGCAUAGGGAGUGGCAGUGAACACUUGCAUUUUUGUUUUUUUUGGGUUUUUUUGGCUUUUGUUUGUUUUUUGAGACAUGGCUCUGUAGACCAGGUUAGCCUCCACCUUGGACAUCUGCCUGCCUCUGCCUCCCAAGUGCUGGAAUUAAAGACAUGCAGCACCACAGUCCAGCAGGGAUAUACACUUGUAAUCACAGUACUUGGGAUGUCAAGGCAGGAGGGUCUGGGAGUUCAAGGCCACCUUUAGCUACAUAGGGAGAUUCAGGCUAACCUGGGCUACUAACAGCAAUACUAAAGUUAAAACUUUAGGAAAGAUUCACUGUAUCUUAAUCAUUUAUUUGAUUAUGGAUUGCCAAAGUAGACAAAAUUUUUUCAAGAAAUACUGAAUUUGCUGUUUCAUGUUGCUUUCUAUAGAGCAACAGAUGGUAAGAAUUUUACUCUUCCAGUGUGAGAAGUAUAUUAUCAUGACAGCUGAUAAUAUAGUUUGCUCUUAUAUGUCUAACUAUAUAGGACCCUAUAGUAUGCACAUUUAGAAAAAUGUUCGGCCACGUAGUUAUUUGUAAAUAACUUUGUUCUUUAAUUAUAUACAGGUGCUGUCCUUGAGUGUAUGUUUUCCUUAGCAUAUUUUUCUGUUGUCUAUUUAGGGCAAGUUUAUUACUUUUCAUAAAUGCUUUCAGGAAUAUACAGCUUUAAACAUUAUACUAUCUCUCCUAGUAAUUUUUUCAUGUAAAAUAUUAAGAUUGUAUUUAUAACAAUAAUAUAUUUUUUUCCUGAAGUAGGAAGGGGAAAUACAGUCUUUGGGUUAGUUCUCAUUCAUAAAGGAAAAAAGAGGCUCAGUUACAUGGUUGUUUAAUGUAUAUUCUUAUUUUGCCACAUCUGUGUUAAAGGGAGUUUAUUGUAGUUACAUUUUAACUUUAAAUACAUACUAUCUAUAUGUUUUUGAGACAGGGUCUCUCUAAAAAGCCCUGUUGUCCUGGAACUCACUAUGUACACCAGGCUGGCUUGGAAUUCACAGAGAUUGUUUGCCUCUGUGUCCCAAGUGCUGGGAUUAAAGGCAUCUAUCACCAUGCCCAGCCAUGGUGCCCUUAUUCUUGAAGUGAAGCAGAAGUGUUUGUAAGGAACAUUUUAAAUUUUUUCUUUUAUUGAGGUGAGGGUCUCAUUAUGUUGCCUAGGGCUGGUCUUGAAUUCCUGGCCUCAAAGGAUCCUCUUGCCUCAGCCUCCAUUUAAAUUGAAAAUUUUAUUGAUAAAGCCUAUUGUGCCAUAUUACAAUUAAAAAUCAAGUACACAAGGUGGUCCUCGUAGCCUUGGAGAGAAAUCGACAACCCAUCUUUUUAGGAUGAGGUGCUUCUUAUUGUGAAUGGGGAGAAAUUACACUGAAUUUUAAUUCUUUUAUUAAUUUUAGUGGAUAGAAGGAAUUACUCCUUAGAGUGGCCUCGUCAAUACAUUUCUUUGGAUGUUUUGUAAUAAUUUGUAUGUGUGUGUGGUGCUGGCAUGCUAGACAAGCACUGCACCACUUAGCUACAUUGCAGCCCUCUGUUCCAGAAUAUCAUUAAUGUUGGCAAUAAGAGUUUAAAAAUAAUUUGAUUUUGCACUAUUUCUCGAUUUUUUUUUAAAGAAUGUUAGUAUAAACAGAAUAAGACCUAAGGUGGCUGAAGUCUGUUUUAUGAAGGCUUACUAUUUUGUAUUGUACUCUUCAUUUGUAUUUGAGUUUGUCUAAUUUUAAAUAAAAACUUUAUACAUUUA